UGCCGCACUUGCGUGGCGACGUGCGCGUACGUGCCGAAGGGCGUCACACCGUGCGCGUCGUGCGUGUCGUGCGGCGCCGCGGUGGUCGCACAUGCGCUGGCGAACACGUCGCUGCCAGGCCACCCGCGCAAUGCUGCGUCACCACUGGCAGCAGAGGGGUCGUGCGUGCGCAGCUACAGCAGCUACCACGCCGCCCGGGCGCAGUGGGAGGCAUGGCGCCGCGACGACAAGAGUCACCCGGUCGAGUUGUGAGAAACCGCGCGCUUUUCUGUUUUUCGUGGUCGCAUUGUGCCGCCUGUUUUCCUUGA